AUGGAGGGAAAACAAUUGAUUUUGAGAUCAAUAUAUUCCUGUAUUUUUCUGUUUUUUCUUGUUUUCAAACCACUUCUUACAGAGGCACAAUCACCCAACUAUGUGGGAGAUGACUGCAGUUCCACCACCCCAAAACCUCUCAGCACUGAAUACAAAGACAACCUUAACAGUGUCCUCUCAUGGCUAUCCUCAGAUGCAGCCACAAGCAAAGGCUAUAACCACAACAGCUUUGGCAACAACACCUCUGGUGCAGAUGCUGCUGUGUAUGGCCUCUAUGAUUGCCGUGGUGAUGUUUCUGGAUACUUUUGUCAGUUCUGUGUGUCCACUGCUUCCAGAGAAGUUCUUCAGCGCUGCCCCAACAGGGUAUCUGCAAUUACAUGGUACGAUUUCUGCAUCUUAAGGUACUCAAAUGAGAACUUCUUUGGGAAUGUAACGGUUGACCCGUCAUGGAAUCAUACUGGAACAAAAAAUGUGUAG